GUCAAGUUUUACAACAAUAUCAUAAGUUAACUCUUCUGAUUUAAUUUUCCAACAUUUCUGUCGCCUUGAUGAAAUAUUUAUAUAAAUUGUAGAGAUCUUUUUUAUUAAAAUUGUUUAAAUUAUUUCUAUAAUCUUGAAUAUUUCGAGUGAUGGACGAUAACCGUGAUCGGAAAUUGGAUAGAGAAGAGCUACAACAGGGUAUGGAAGAUUACGGAAUGUCACUAGACGCGGAAGAAGUGGAAGAGAUCUUUACCGAAUUUGACCAAGACGAAACAGGAACCAUUUACUUCGAAGAAUUCCUCAAAGGACUCCGCCCUCCGAUGUCGGACACCAGAAUCGACAUGAUCAAUCAAGCCUUUGACAAAAUGGAUGCUUCGGGAGAGGGUUUGAUUACAAUUAGCGAUCUAAAGAACGUAUACGACCCUUCUUAUCAUCCUAAAUUCCAGAGUGGUGAUAUGAGUGAAGAUGAAGUGUUUCAGGAAUUUUUGAACAGUUUCGAUGUACCCGACGAUCCCGAUGGAACGGUUACUAGAGAAGAUUUUCUGAAUUACUAUUCGGGAGUUAGCGCUUCUAUAGACGACGAUGAAUAUUUUGUGGAAAUGAUGAAAGGGUCUUGGAAACUGGAAUAAAGAGAAGAGCCAUCCCUCCUUUCUUUUGUUAAGAUUGGUUGCAAAAAUUAUUUCAACGUUGCAAAUUAUUUUAAAAUUGUAAUAUAGUUUUAAUGUAUUGCUACUUAAUAGUAGUUCAUAUUUUAAUAAAUCGAUUAAUAUUUUG